AUGGACACUCUCGUUCGUGAAAGAAAAUCGCUUGAAUCGCGUUUAGCUCGUGUUAAAAGGACUUUGACUCGGUUUCACUCUAGUGAAGAGUUGGAAGAGAUCGACAUCCAGACUGAACUGGAUAACCUCCAAGAAGUUUGGAUCGGAUACCUAUCGGUCCAUAAACGGAUGGUGGAAACAUGCAAGGAGGACGAUAUGGAUGCGAUGUUAGACCAUUUGGCAUGUUUCGAAGAACAAUGUAUUUCUCUAAAAAAUGGUUUCAACAAGCUUCUAAAAAGGAUGGAUUUUUCCUCCACUCAACACGAGGUUCCUCUAAUACAAAAUGGCACUGACGCCAUUAAGCAGCUCGCAGAACAGCAAGCCGAGUUUUUCCGCCAUUUGUCAGCCAAUUUAUCUUUUGUGCCACAGUCUAACAGUAUGAGCACGCCACCAGCUAACGUUGAUCAUAAUGCAUCGAUUUUUACUGAUGUUAAGCUACCUCGUAUGAACAUUCCUACAUUCAGCGGUAACAUUCUAGAUUGGCCUUCUUUCUACGACCUGUUCGAUAGUGCUGUUCACAAAAAUCAAUCCCUGCAGAACAGUCAGAAACUUUAUUUCCUGAAAACUAACCUAUCAGGUGAGGCUGGGUCUUUGAUUUCACAUCUACGAAUCGAAGAUGCCAAUUAUGCUCCUGCACUCGCUAAGCUAAAGGAAAGGUACGACAAACCUCUCGAAAUAGCAGCCCAGCACAUUCAGCGUUUCCUGGGACAACCAACAAUGUCGUCUGCAUCUGCCGUAAGCUUGCGCGCUCUUCAUGACGUCUCCGAUGAAGUUGUUCGAGCGCUCAGAGCCAUGAAUUGUGAAAGCCGUGAUAUUUGGUUACUUUACAUUUUGGUGGAGAAAUUAGAUCCCGAUACGAAGCAGCUGUGGCUCCAGAAACGCGCAGACAUGACGGACGACGAGAUUAACCUGGAUAAAUUUUUGAAAUUCAUCGAUUCUCACAGCUUCGCCUUAAAAUCUGUGCAACCCAUUCGAUCACGAACAGCAUUCGUCAAAUCUACUGCUAAAUAUCAACCUAGAUCGCAUGCUCUCGUAUCAACCAGUCAGCAGAUCGCACAACCAAUGUGUGGGUUCUGCUUUAAAAAACAGCAUCACUUAUAUCAGUGUGGUAAGUUCAUCAACUCGAACGCAAAUGAACGUCUCGCUUAUAUUUCCAGGCAGAAGCUGUGCCAAAAUUGCCUGAAGCAGCACACUGGUGAAGGCUGCAAAUCUGGUAACUGUAGGAAGUGUAAUCAACCACAUCAUACUCGGUUACACGAAGCUUACAACCCAGUAGUCAAUCAAACUACAAUUAGCACAUCAUCCACUCUCAGUGCAGGUCCGACUGGUCCGCAGUCAGUGGCUCAAUCUCUUGUCUCACCACUGAACCUGACGAACGAUCUUGUCGAUACUAACGUUCUCUUGUUAACUGCUACAAUCAAUGUACAGGACAAAUACGGGCGACCUUUCGCUUGUCGAGCAGUUCUUGACUGUGCAUCUCAUACGAGUUACAUUACUACAGAGUUGUGCAACAAGUUGAACCUCCCAACAGCAGAUGUCGAUUUUGAAUUUGGAGGAAUUUCUGGAACGUCUGGUCAUGCAAGCAAGGGAGCUUUGGUGACGAUCAGCUCUCGAUGUUCAGAAUAUCAAGACGUCAUUCCAUGUGUGGUUUUGGAUCGUAUCACAUCCGAGUUACCAAUUAAGCCAGUGGAUAUCAGUAAUUGGCCAAUUCCAAGUUCCAUUCACCUGGCCGAUCCACAGUUCCAUCACCCAGGUAAAAUCAGUAUGCUACUAGGUAACAAGCUUUUCUUCAAUCUAAUUGAACCGGGAACGAUAAAACUCUGCACUGAGAAUCGCCUGCCAAUUCUACAGAACACCAAACUUGGCUGGGUGGCAUCAGGUGGAUACGAGUCUUCAAACCAGUUAGAGCCAUCCGUUCCAUCUUGCCUAUUAGCUUCAACCGAUGAUUUCCUUUCCCAGCAACUGCGGAUGUUCUGGGAACUCGAAGAAUAUGCCAACACUAAGCCAUAUCUAAGCAGUCAAGAAACACAGUGUGAGAACCACUUUAAGGAGAACACUAUUCGCGACGACUCUGGACGUUUCAUUGUUCGGUUACCGUUUCUGGACAACCCUGAUACAUUGGGUGAGUCAAGGGAAAUCGCAACUAAAAGACUUUUGCACCUUGAGCGAAAAUUAGACAAAAAUCCAAAGCUUAAGAUGCAAUAUCAUAAUUUUUUGCAUGAGUACGUUGAACUGGGUCACAUGUCAUUGACUGCGACAUCAACUACCAAACGUUCGGUGUUCCUUCCUCAUCAUUGUGUUGUCAAAGAAGCCAGUACGACGACGAAAUGCCGCGUAGUCUUCGAUGCUUCCGCUAAAACAAGUAGCGGAAGAUCUCUCAACGAUAUUCUUAUGGCCGGGCCAGUACUGCAGGAUUCUUUGAUCGACAUACUCUUACGUUUUCGCUUUCCGGCUAUUGUUUUCACUGGAGACAUCCAGAAAAUGUAUCGUAUGAUUCAACUACAUGACGACGAUCGUGAUUACCAAAGGAUACUUUGGCGAUGGUCCAAGGACAAACCAGUGGACGAAUAUCGACUCAACACCGUUACGUAUGGCACUAAGAGUGCAUCAUACUUGGCUACGAAAUGUGUGCAGGAACUUUUACUAUCUCACCGUGAGCAGUAUCCACAAGCAGUAGAAAAGGCACUAAAAGGAACGUAUGUCGAUGAUCUUCUCGUCGGCGCAGAAACCAUCGAAGAAGCUAAAUAUCUACGUCAACAACUGACGGAAAUUUUCGAUUCUGCUGGUUUUCAUCUGCGUAAAUGGGCGUCCAACAGCGCUACAGCCCUGGAAGGUAUUCGGGAAGCAGAUCUGGAGCUGAAGAUGCCCAUCGAAUUCGACGACUCCAACACAAUCAAGGCCCUCGGAAUUCACUGGCAGCCGUGCAGCGAUGAGCUUCAUUUCAGCUACCAACGAACACAGAUCCUUCAGCCCACGAAACGAAUCAUACUGUCUCAGAUUGCUAGCCUUUUCGAUCCUUUAGGACUACUAGCGCCUAUCAUCGUUAAGGCUAAGCUAAUAAUGCAGCAACUGUGGGAGCUGAAGGUGGCCUGGGAUGCCACUCCCCCCGGUGAGUUGGUUCAAAGUUGGUUUGAUUUCGUGCAAAAUCUUUCGCAUCUCAAUCUAUUUCAGAUUCCUCGGAGAGUUGUUGGAACGCAAAGAACAACACAUUUGCUCCUGCACGGCUACAGUGAUGCCUCUGAGCAGGCUAUGGGCGCUUGUGUCUAUAUUCGUUCCAUCGACAACGAUGGUACCAUAAAAUCUCGCUUACUGUGUGCGAAAUCAAAGCUCGCUCCAAUUGGAAACGGUAGAACGACAUUACCACGUCUGGAAUUGUGUGCUGCCGUUAUUCUUGCGCGUCUUAUGAAAAACGUGACUAACGCUAUCGACCAGUCUCCAUUUGAGGUACGAGCCUGGACCGACUCGCAGGUGGCUCUGGCCUGGAUUAAUGGGGGAGCCUCUCGAUGGAAGACCUUUGUUGCGAACCGGGUGGCGGAGAUCGUAACGCACUUACCUGCAAUCAACUGGGGCCAUAUCAACACGCACCUCAACCCGGCAGAUUUGAUCUCACGAGGGAUUAUGCCGGAGCAACUGAAGAAUAACAAGCUCUGGUGGGAUGGACCAAAUUGGGAUAUAAAAUCUGGACAUGACACUGCCAGUGAUCAUUUGAGUACCUUUCAGCAGCAGCAGAUAAACAAGGAACAGAGAGCAUCGAUACCGUCGCUCAUCGCCAUUUACAAAAACACAUUUUUGGACGAUAUGAUGGCCAGAUACUAUCCAAACUUUCAGAAACUUCUUCGUAUCACUGCUCGCAUGCUACGCCUAUGCCGUUCUGAGUUUAGAAAAUCUGUAACACUCACAACUGGAGAAUUGGAUAAGGCUCUUGAUGUCUACAUAAAACACGUUCACAAGCAACACUAUCCAGACGAGAUACAAUGUUUACUACAGCACAAAGAUAUAAAGCGUCAAAGUACAUUGUUUCAGCUCAUGCCAUUUCUAGACGAAAAUGGAAUUCUCAGGGUGGGCGGAAGAAUUCAACGAUCUGAUUUCGAUUACGACACAAAGCAUCCUGUUCUGUUGCCACGCCAUUCAAUCCUGACAUUUUUCGUAUUACAUCACGAUCACAUCCUUCAUCAAAAUUGUGGACCACUAACGCUAUUGGCGGUAUCUCGAAGGCGGUUCUGGAUUGUACGUGGUGCUAGUGCUGCUCGUAAAGUGUAUCGUCAGUGCAUCGUGUGUGCCCGUGCCAAACCAGCUCCUAUUUAUCAGCAAAUGGGGCAACUUCCUGCAGAUCGCGUUCAACCACAUCUGCCAUUCAUGAUUACCGGUGUCGAUUUUGCUGGUCCUGUUAGCAUCACCGGGCGCAGAGCGCGAGGUGCGGUGGCAAGCAAGGGGUAUAUCGCACUGUUUAUCUGCUUCUCAACAAAGGCGGUGCAUCUGGAAGCUGUAUCAGAUCUUGGCUCUUCUGCAUUCAUAGCAUCAUUCAUUCGUUUCACAAGUCGUUACGGAAUGCCAUCAAAGAUGUUUUCGGACAACGCAACCAACUUUAGAGCAGCCUCCAAACAACUUCAAGAGAUCAACCAAAGUAUGAACUCUGCCGUUCACAGCAACCAGGUGGCCGAUUUCAUGACAAAUAAAGGGGUUGAUUGGAAUUUUAUACCCGCUCGGUCUCCACAUCACGGUGGACUUUGGGAGUCCGCAAUAAAGACUGCGAAACAGUAUUUGGGCAAAAUAGCAGGUAAUCAAAAUUUUACGUUUGAAGAAUUGUCUACUCUUCUUGCGCAGGUCGCAGCUACGAUGAAUUCUAGACCCAUCACUCCGAUCUCAAGUAAUGUUAAUGAUCCACAACCGUUGACACCUGCACAUUUUCUCAUCGGAAGAGCUCUCACAACAGUUCCGGAAAUAAACAUGCUGGAGCGAAAUAUCAGUUCAUUAUCACGAUGGGAGUACAUACAGCGAUUGGCCCAAGAAUUCCGUUCUCGUUGGCAAUUAGAAUACGUUCGCUCACUUCAACGCUUCACAAAAUGGCAACGAUCUACCAAAAAUAUUGUUGUUGGAGAUUUCGUCAUCUUGGUCAAGGACGACGAGAAACCAAGACAAUGGCCACUUGGACGAGUUUUGGAGACAUUCCCAGGACCCGAUGGAUUAGUUCGUGUGGUUUUGGUCAAAACUGGAUCCGGAACCACAAGACGAGACGUACGGAGGCUACGAGUGGUGCCAUUGGACUUAGAUGAGUAUGUACCAGGACGAUUUGGAACUGAAAUUCCUGACCGGAAUUUGGUGGGCGGUUUAUGUUGGCGCGAAAUCUCUGGACGGACCACUGCUGCCGAUUAG